GAUACUUAAGCGAACGCGACGUUGCUGAGAGAGAGAUGAGUUUCAUUUAUGUUACUUUCAUUUAAACCAUUUAUUCGAGCUAUCAUGAUGGUUAUGCUACUUAAAAUCUGCAGAAUUAAUGUAUAAUGCUAUAAUAAUAUUGAUUUAAAAUUUCCCAACUAUUUCUUUUUCUUUAAAUUUUAACUAUUUGAAUUAAUGCAUAAAAUAUUUAGCUUUUAUUGCUAGCGGACUUUUAAUACAUUUUAAUUUUAAUUUACAUUUUAUGCAUUUAGCAGACGCUCUAAUCCAGAGCGGUUACACUGUAAACUGAUCUGUGCAAAUAGUUAUUAUAAAGCCACUCACUCAUAAAGCCUUCUGUGUUCAGCAUAUAGAUUUGUUAUUUUACAGCGGUUAUAUUUUGGAAUUCAAAAUUACUGGGGCAUACGAUGGAGCCAGUCUCAAUUGCAUCGUUGACCAUCGGGCCGCAGUCUUGGCGAGAAAAAACGAAGCAUUCUAUCAGUCUUGCGGAGAAACUGAUACGGCAGUCCGAUGCCAGAAAGUCCAGCUCUGCUAGUCCGUGUCGGCCACGCAGCUGCACAUUAGGCCUACUUUCUCAUGUGAAUACUCCUGUCCCUUUGGAAUUAAAUGAAACUGAAAAAAACUCAAGGAAGGACAGCGACAAUGUCAAUAAUACACAAUCAAGCUACAAGGUCAGACCAAUGUCUACCGGGACUACGCGGUUCAAUCUAGCCUCCGGUCCAUUAGUUGCCCCCUUUCCCCCACCCUGUUUGAGGGAGCAGUGCGCAGAGGCCAGUGUGAGGGCUGCUGGGGAGUACAUGCGUGAAGUCAGAGGGGUGGAGGGGCAGUUACGUAAACAGGCUUGCAGAGUUGGUCAGGAAGGCAUAAAGCUAGAGAGGGAGAGGGCAUAUUUGGAGAGAAUGCUGAGAUCCCUAAGGAAAGACCUCCUUGUGAACCAGAAAAGUGUGGAGGAGAGGACCCUGAGACCACCUACCACAGAGACGGGCAGAGAUGGCGCAGACAGCCUGCUGGAUUGCGAGAAGAAGCAGCUGUCUGAGCUGAAGAUUCAGCUGGAGGGCGCACUGAGAGACACACUCACACAGCUGCAAGCCCUCAGUCAGUGCAGUAAGCUGUUACUGGAGUGUGCUAGUGAGAGAUCCUGUGUUUUGGAUCUUCUCCCACACAGUGGAUAUCAUUCAGCUGGCGGUCGCUGCACCCCUUCCCAAGUUACUAUGAAACCCGACCCCACAGGACCCUACACCCCAGAAUGUAAGCAGGCAAUGGAAUCUUCAAGCUUGGCCCUCACCCAAUCACAGCUGCUCAGGGAGCAGAUUCGGUGUUUGAUUGGUGAGGCCAUUGCACGGCAAAAAUCAGCUCACCAAUUGGUGAACGAAGGCCUGGUGAAGAAAAUAGCCGAGACUGUCAGCCUGAAGCAACACCUCACACUCAGCUCAGCCUCAGCCAGGCAGGCCAUUUACCGCAAGCAGAGACAGCUGAACUGCAUUCAGCACAGCCAUGGCAGAGCACUGGGUCCCGUGUCCAGUGGAGAUGUGAUGUCCAGAGAAAGACUUGACAGGCCAUUAGUGCAGGUCUACCAGCGACACCCUGGUACUCAGUUACCAGAAGCCAUGCACCUCAUACAGGGUGGCGCUGUGGUUCGGCAGUGUCUGCUGUCGUCCGGUGGGGAACUGGCUCAGCUGCGUGGCACUCGGCUGAAGUUAAUGGAGGACAUGCGAGGGAAGGGGGCGGCAGCCCAGGUGGACUCUUCCAUCGUGAGGCUGCGCCGUCGCCUGAUAGACCGUCGAGUGAUGCCUUCUUUUUUUCUACAAGGCACAUCUGCAUAGGGUAUUUCUCCAGACAAAUACCCUGGUCCGUGCCACUAGUAUUUCUUCAUCAGCAGUGGCUGCAAAUUAUUCAAAUUCUGUGGAACAAUUCCUGGAGGUGACACCUCAGGAACAUGUUUGGCAAGUAUACCAAAUGUUAAAAUGUAUAAAGGCUUGAGAACUUGGGCCAUACGGUAGGCUGAAUGUAUUAUACAGAUCCUGGCCCCCAGUGUAUGAUGGCUGUACUCACAAGCUACCUCUUAAUAAUGGAAUUUUGGUUUGUUUCUCAAUCAUACCUAUAUAUUCAACCAAAGAAACCUCUUGCUACAAUAAAAUUAUCACACACAGAAUUAAUAGCAGAAGUAGUCUUAAACAUCAUGAUUAUAUAGAAGUUAUUUCAUGCUAUGCAAGUAUGGCCAAAUGCUACCCAAAAUAUUCAUCAAGUGUGUUGAGGUGUGAUAUUUCAAGUUCUUGUGUUAAACUUUGCGGUUAUAUUUUUGCAGUAUUAUGGCAGUAUUGAGAGUUUGGAUUUAUAUUUCAGUUUCAAAUAAUCAGGCUCAUGUCAGGUUUUUGGCAUGCUAGACGGCUGUAUUUGUGAGGGUGACCCUUCAGUUGUUGAUAAAUAGUUAAAAGAGUGUCCAUGUUUUUUGCCUCCUUGGCAUUACUGAUAUGGCUAUGCAUGUACAACAACCAUGAGCUGCCCUAUAGUGCAGAAAAUGGAUUUAACUGAUAUAAAUUAAAGUUUGUACAUGUAUCCUUUCCUGAACUGAACCAUGGAAAUAAGCAGCCACAAUAUGUGUAUCAAUGGAGACAGAUAGUGGUGACAGCUUCCAGACUUCUGCCAGGCACAUGCCUGUCUUGUUAAAAAUGAAUGCGCUUCCAUGCAUGUUUAAUAGCACACUGCUUCUCUUUAUACCCACUACUAUAAACUGGAAUAAACUGCAUCCUUCAUUCAUUAAAUUCCAUGUUACAAUAGGAAAAUUAUGUUGAUUUCUAAGCAUUUAGCUGUGACAUGGCAUCCCCUUGAUCAGGGGUUCUUAUUCAUUUCGAGUGGAAUAGAGGACAGCUGUCAUUAAAUGCUCUUCAUAAAAUGCUUAAGACAAAAUGCUGUAUACUGACAGAAGAAUCAGGGGCUUGGUGUGCAAAAAGUGCAUAAGUGCAAAUGCUUUGGUCCUUAGACCUUCUUCAGUGCAUAAAAAACAGGACAAGUGAUAUCUAUCCCCAGUCCUAUAAGUAGCUUAGGUAAUUGGUACAAGAGGUGUCUCUUGAAAUAAUCAGACAAGAGGGUGCUUCCUAAUCAUGGACCAGUCACAUGACAAGCAAGGAAGCCAUAAAUUACGUGGCAUAUAAGGACAUAUACAAGGUGUUCUCAUGUUGAUAAAUACAUUGCAUGUUCAUGCUUAUGCACUUUUGAGCACAAAAUUUGUAUUUUUUAAAAUUUGCAUUCAUGCAUGUGAGUAAUAAAAAUAGUUUUAAUUG